AUGGAUCUUAAAUUAGUACCUUGGAGAUCAAAAGAAGACUUUUUAUUCUUAAUGUCUUGCUUUUAUAAUGAAGGACAAGAAGAAAUUCCAGACCCAAGCGCGUUAUUUCGAGGUAUAGAAAUCGUUCAAUCAUGGUCGACACGAGGACGGAUUCCUCAUUCUAUAGAGGCAACCGCACAAUUGGCUUUGUCCCUUUUAAGUAGUGAUGCUUCGCAGAAGCUCAGUUUGUCUUUGUCUAUUUCAAGAUUCGUCAGUGGUCUCUUAGAUCCUAUUCAGCAAUCGCAAUAUGCAGUACCAAUGGCUAUAUUAGCAAAGUCGAUUGAUUUACCAACUUCCUUUGUUGAAAUUCGCCAUGCAAUUACACACGAAGACCUCCCAUCUUUACCUGUACUACGACAAACCGCAUAUAGAGCUUUAGCUUGGCUUUACGAUCACUAUUGGAUUCGUGCAGCAAAUGCAAAUUCUGGAAUAGUUGAUGAUACAAUGGAGGUUAAUGAAACACACAAGAGUGAUGUACAGAAGCGGGUGAGAGAGCUUUUGAAGAAGUGGAGAUCCUGGAGAAAGGUGAAUGUUUCUGCGAAGAUGAAUCAAUCAGCUUCAGAACAUCAUUAUAUUCGUGAAUUCGAGGGUAUUUGUUCUGAAAUUGUAUCUAUUAGCUUCUCUCGAUUACCGUAUAUUCUUGCUUCCUUCGUAAGCGAUGAGCAUGAUCUAAAUUUUGCGCUCGAGACUACAAAUCUAGAGAUUGUGGUAUCAUGUUUCUUAGAAAAGAAGGUUUUAGUACCUUCUAAGGCGACUACUAAUAACCUCUUUCCUAAAGCAAUUAAUUUAUGGCUUCCUCUAUUACAAACUAUAGCUUCUAAACACUCCUUGUUCCUUCCUGCUUUACGAGCGAUUUUGUGGUCUGAAAUUAACGAUGCUAGUCUAAAUUAUCAGAAUUCUACGCUUUUUAGGGAUGAAAGUGACGAAGAUCACAAGGAAAGGAAUUCAGCGUGCAUGUACCUAACCAACUGGUACAUUUACAUGAUGAAGGCAGCAUACAAAUCAGAGCCUUGGGCGAAUAGUAUUUCAAUUACGCAGAUGGAAUUAGCUUCAUUACUGGAAGUGUGUAUCCAACGAAGUGAUCCAUUUACUCGAGCCGUUAUUAAUGAAUUAUCACCUUUGGACAAGGAAUUAGAAGAAAAAUAUGCACCGUUAUGUCAAUAUCGGGGUGAUGCAAAAUUCGUCGGGUUUUCAAAGGAGGAAAACAUCAUCCCAGAAACGACUCUGGAUCAAAUGCAAGAAGAUUUGAACCAACUAUCGUCCCGACUAACCUCCAUAGCUGAGCCUGAGGAAUCAAAAUCUUCCGGUCUGCAAGCCUUUCGGAAUCGCGUUUGGUAUAAGCCGAAAGUUGAGCUCACACCCAUUGGGCAUUUUAUUGUAGAGUGA